AACCCCCAAAAAUAAAAAAAAAAAUGAAAAAGAAAAUAGCUAAUCAUCCUCCUUUGUGUCCUUUCCUAUCUGUCCGUUCCCAUGAUAUUUGUUUAAUUAAAAUUGGGUUGAUGUAAUUGCAAUCAUAAUCAAUAUUGAAUUGCGCAGCCCCUUCUUGUCUCCUUCCUCUGUUCCUUUUUGAAUUUUAUUUUGGGUUUUUUCAACCCUCAACCUCUCCCUUUAUAGUUCACCCAUUUCUCAUCUUUUUUUUCUCUCAGCUUUUCUUUGUUUCUUCGUCGUUGGGAAAUUUGAUCGAAUUAAAGGUGUUUUUUCUUGGAUCGCAUCAUCGGCUAUGGCGGAAGAGCACGGAUUCCAGGCGCCGGAGGGGCACCGCUUGUGCGCCAACAACUGCGGCAGCCCCGCCGCGCAGAAUUACUGCCCUAAAUGUUACCGAGACAUUUUUCUCAAGGAAGAAGAGAAGACGAAAUCGGUGAAUUCGGUUGAUUCGAUUUCGCCGUCGCAGGUUUCUCUACCGGCUACCUCGUCGCCGGCGGCGGCGAAUUCGGCGAAAAAAGCGGAGACGGCGGCGGCGGAGGUGCAGCAGUUGCCGGCGAACAGGUGUUCGAGUUGCCGGAAGAAGGUGGGAUUGACGGGGUUUAGGUGUAGGUGUGGGGUCACUUUCUGCGGGACCCACCGGUACCCGGAGAUGCACGCCUGCACCUUCAACUACAAGGCUUUAGGGAGAGAAGCCAUAGCCAAGGCCAACCCUCUGAUCAAAGCGCAGAAGCUGGACAAGAUAUGAUCGCAGCCGUUCAAAGCUUCCGACUUCCUCGCAAAUCCACGGUGAUGAUUGUGCCGAAAUCGUCACGGCAAAAAUGCCGAAAGGAGAAAAAAGGAAAAAAGAAAAAAAAUUGGUACCGCGUAAUGACACGUCACCCACGCGUGCCAUGUAUAUUUCCUCCUCCUUUUUUAAUUUCAACUUUUUUCUUUUUUUGCUAUAUGUUACUCUCUUCCAUUAUUACCCCUGGCUUGUAGAAAAAUUAAAAAGAAAAAACAAAAAAAGAGAGAGAAAAUAUGAUGUUGAUAUUGAUAAUUUGAAUGUUAUUAUUGUCUCGAUACUCUGUA